AUGACGCUGUGUCUUGUCUCAAUCGAUCGGUUCCUUUUUAUAGUAAAACCUCAUCUCCACAAGCGAUUCAUGACUCCAAGGAUAGCUCUGGUCCUUGUCAUUAUUGUGUGGAGUUUUGAUACAGCCUUCUUCUCUUCAGGAUUCAUUGAUGGCUCUGGUGUUGAAUUCCGCUAUAUAAAUUAUCUAGGAGUUUGCUAUGCUUUUACUACUAGCCCUGUUAUGGCUAUCUUCCGUUUUUUCUUUGCUUCAUUGAUAUUUAUAAUCAUUAUUAUCACAUCAGUUUGGACAUUUUGUUUCACUCGUAAGUUUAUUAAUAAUCAGUCAAUGAUAGUAGGCGAGGGUGUCUAUGCUUCAAAGAAGAAGAGAUUGUUUGGGAUAUUUGGAUCCAUGAUGCUAGUCUAUGGGAUAUUCUUCACUCCUAGCAUAUUCUUCUCUGCUUUAUUAGCUAUUGUUGAUUUUCCUGGUGUCCUUAUGAUAACUGCUGUUAUAUUCUUUUUCCUGGUCAUUACCUUGAGUCCAGUUAUUCAGGCCUACUUUAGGCCAGAGAUCAAUAGUGUUAUUGCUAAUAUUGUUUGUUGUAAGAUAUUGAAGAAUAAAUCUUAUCCAUUAGCUAUAUCAAGUACAUGUAAUUCAUCAUCUGCUGUGCUGGAUAUACGUGUUAGCUCACUUGAUGUAUAA